UUGGCUGAAAUUUUUUACAGAUGAAGUUACGAAAAGUUUCAGCCAAUAGCAUUGCGGGAAAUCGAUUGAAGAUUCAAGAGCGUUACGUCUAAAAAAUGUAGAAUUGGAGCAGGAUAAACUAGUUUUUUACUUGCCCAUCUCUACUACCUGCCAAAGAUUAGGGAAAUAUACUUUUCUACCGGACGCCUACAGAGUAAAUUUUCUAUCAAGUUAAUAGGGUCUCUGCAGAGAUAUAGAUUUUCUGUUAUGGCCUGACAGGCCUGAAAACAUGGAAAUUGAGGUUAGUUUGUAAAUUGUUUAUAUUCUCCAUCAAGUCAGGCAAUGCUUUUGUUAUUAUUUAUUAUUAACAAUUAUAAACUUUUUUUCACAAAAAAAUAUAAUCGUUCUUUCCAGGGAAUGUGUUGGUUUACAAAGAUGUUAAUUUAAUUCAUUGUGUAUACCCCGUUUGGGAAAACAUGUUAUUAACUGACUAAUAAAAUAGCAUUGAAGUAAAGCCAAGAAAUGGAUAAAUUGGCAGAAUCGAAAGAAGGCUUUAAUGACACCGAUGAAAAUUUAAGUAUGCAAUUUUUUAUUACACUUGGCGAGCAGUAUUUACAACAGUACUUGAAUCAUGACAAACUCACAUAUCUCAAUUUAUCCAAAUGCAAUUUAGAAGAGUUGCCAGAGUUCCUGGAAAUCCGUGCCAUACAGGAACUUAAUCUGUCCCACAAUAAAUUGACGGAGGUGCCUUUAUGUCUGUAUUCAAGUGACUUAUGUAGUCUAAAAAAUCUAGAUUUGUCAUUUAAUAAAAUAAGGGAAUUUAACAAAGAACCAAGCUGCAUAAAUAAUAUACAGCAUCUAAGAUUAGACAAUAACGAUUUCGAAAAUAUUCCAGACUGGUUUUUAACUUUACGUUGUUUAAAUUUAGAAUAUUUUAAUUACAGUAAUAAUCAUGCAAAUCACUACAAUUUUGUAAUAAACGAACCAAAUCUAAUCAAUAUGAAGUUAAGCAAACUAGAACUGAAUAAUUCUUGUUUAAUUGACAAGGACUUUUAUUGGCUUAGAAAAUUUGGCAAUCUCCAGUUUUUGGAUAUUGGAAACGAAAAUAACAAUAAUCAAAAACACUGUAAUAAGUUUAAACAGAUAGAGAGAUUGUUUAUUAGGUCUAAAUGGGAGAAGUUAGAAAUUUUAAAAUUAAGUAAUCUAGAUUUGUGUUUUUUCCCUGAAACAAUACUGAAAUUUAACUCUUUGAAAGAGCUAUAUGUUGCUAAUAAUCUUUUAUCUUGGUUUUCAAAUGGAUUAGAGAACUUAAGUUCAUUGGAAAUUCUUGAUAUAUCAGGAAAUCAGGUGGUAUUUAUUCCAGAUGAUAUUUCUUUAUUAAAAAAUCUUAAAGUGUUUAUUGCCUGUGGCAAUCAAAUUGAUGUAAUACCAAAAUUACCUCCUAAUUUAAAAGUCCUUGAUUUAUAUGAUAAUUAUUUAACGUCAAUAAAUAAUUCGGUGAUCGAAAGCGUUCAGCUGUUAGAUUUUGAUUAUAAUUAUAUAUGUUUAGAAGACUUAGACAUAGUAAUAUUUAAUGAAUAUUGUGAAAAGAAAACUAAAUACAGGGAAAUAUAUGAAAUUACAGAUCGAGUGUCAUGUAAUAAAAUUCUUGAUAUUUGUAAUAAUUCAGUCUCAUCAAGUGAUAGUUCUUUUGAAGAAGAACAUAACUAUGAAAACGAUAAUAUCCCAAAUCUGGAAGAGGACUGGGAUAGGGAAAAUGAAAUACAUUUAAGAUCUCAUGUUACCUGGUCAGAUGAUGAGUUUGAUGGGAAUUUAUACUUUUUAAAUGCAAAUAGUAAAUCUAAAAUUCCUUUUUUAAGCAAUGAAGAUUUAUUAUUUGUUGAUGCAGAUUGAUUUAGUCUUAAUUGGUAUUUAUUGUCUGGUACCAAUAUAUUCUGUGAUGAUUUGUUAAAUAUCUGUAUCAUGUACAUAUUUUAGAA